CCUUUCAAUUAACAUUCGCAUCAUUUACAAACGUUCAACAUCAAAAGUAAAUUGAAAUUGCAACAGUUGCUCAAGUCUCAACAUGUCAUCUUCACUACAGAAUGAAAGAUACAAAAUGCUGUUUAUAUUAUCAAUUAUCUUAAUUUCAACAAUUAAAACAGCAAGUGCUACAGAUUUGGUUAACUUACCAUUAAGCAUACCUAGCAAAAGCGUUGACAUUAACGCUACUUUAACCGAUUCCAAUGCUGGUACUAAAUAUUUCAUUCAAGAAUCAAUAUCAGCUUCUGGUGAAUCCAUUAGGGGCAAAAUCAUGAUCUCAGGUGAAAAGGAUUCCUACAACAUCUAUUAUAAUACUGCUCCUAGUUUUAACAAGAUCCGCCUGGUUAUUCAUGACACAAGUUGUAUACCAUUCACUUUCAAAAACAAUUGGGAUCAAAUUUUACCUGGAAUCAAAAGACCUGUGCUCAAUCUGAUUCUCUUAAUGGGACCUUCAAUUUUAUACCGACUUGACCAUUUCUCACUUGUUUGGAAAUCAGUUGAAGAUAAAAACAUAAGAGGAACCAUGAUGAAGGGUGCAACAACUGAAAUAAAUGAAAGAUUGACAAUCACUUAUUAUUACAAAAAGCAUUUUGAUGACGAUUCUGGAAUCAAAAAUCCAAGUCGAAUUGAAUUCAGUGGUUAUGAUCCUUAUUCAAGUUCACCCAUUUACGACGAGAAUCUUGUACUUGAUAUUUACCUUCAAAAUGAGAACUAUUAUGAUCAACUUGCGAAUGAAGUUAGUCCUUUACCUGGAAUUGGAUGUCCAUAUUACUUGUCCACAAGCGAGCCUUUAUUCCCACGAAUGCAAAUUAAUUAUGUACAUUACACUAUGUACGAGUACAUUAAGGGUUCAACUACUUCUCGAACAUUCAGUGAGAUUCACGCAUCAAGAAGGACUAAGUUAUUACGAGUAAAAGCAACUCUUCUUGGUGUAACAACUGAAGCUAUUUAUGAUUAUAACCUCGGAGUUUCUUACCUCUUUGGAGAGGGUAGUUCCUGUAGAGCAUUGUCUACAGAUUUAAAUUCACCUGGAGUCAGUUCUGAUGGUCAAUUCAGUUUGACAAAUCUUUUCCUUCUUGAUUUUCCUGCCAAAUACAGAUAUUUGUAUCUUGGAAAGCUUAACUUAGAACAUCGAUCUGGAUUUCCAGUAGACGUAUGGGAAACAAGCAGAUUUAAUGUUAACAUAAAUGGAAAAAAGGCCGACAAAGCUGUCAUUACGCAUUAUUUUGCUGCAUCGCAAAACAGUGCUAUAUUUCGUGACUAUACACUUGUCAGUACCAAAAUUGCCAUCUAUAAAUUGGAUCCAUCGAAAAAAACUUACACACUGACGGAUGGAAUCACAAGAGAUUACAUGAACUUUGAAAAGGUUGGAUCUGAAGAUGAACUUCAUGAUAUUUUUACAUUAAGAGAGUGUAAAUACUUAAUUAGUGAUAAAACAUUAACCCUCGGCUUCAAAAUACAAACCAAAGAUGACAAUCUAUCUACAAAAAUCGCGGAAAGUCGUGUUUACGAGUUGAAACAAAACUUCAUGUUAUUUGCUAUUCCAUUCGAAAAAAUCAGUCCACUUCGUGUCGAUACCGUUCAAUAUAAUUUCAAUGACGCACAACUUGAAAUAGAGGUGACAUUCCUGGAUGCACCUAAUUUGCAAUACAUUUUCAAACCUAAAACUGUGUCUGUAAGUGCAGAUACGUUUAAAAAGAUGAAAACAAUCAAAACAAACACUGAAUAUGAAUGUCGGGACAAACUAGCAAAAUAUCAAGAUAAUAUCAAUGUAAUAAUUUAUAGACCAUCAGAUUCUUCCUGUGGAUAUUUGACUAAUGUUGCGGAUCUCAAGGAAGAUACGAAAACUGGACAACCAUGCAACGUCUAUCACUUUCCUUUACACAAUUUGCAUCGCAUUGACCAAGAAUUACCACUCGAUCAAAUUCACACUGCUUUUCUGCAAAACGUAGGAGAAAGUUACUUCUUAUUAAGUUUGAGCAAUAAACAUGAAUAUAAAGUCGGUAAUCAUAAAUUAAUUGAUGUCAUUGAUAAAACGAAAAACCAAGUUACUUCGAGAAAUUCUUACAUAAACACAAUUAAAGUUUGUGCAAAAUUGAAUAGCAAUGAUCAAAAUACAGUGACUGUACCAGCUGUAAAAACUUUGGCUGAUUGUUAUCGAUCUUGUCAUGAUUCAGAGCAACUUAAAUGCAAUACAUUCUCAUUCUGUUCAAAUGGUGACUGUAGAGUCAGCAGCUUAUUGUCUGAAGAUUCUCAUAAUGAUUCGCACGUUGAGCAAGACAAAUCAUGUUCUAUCCACGCUUUGAAUGUUCUCAAUGAUUAUUCAAAAGUACCUCAUAGGAAAUUCAAAACACAAACUUCGGUCGCAGUCGAAAAAAGUCUUUAUUCUUGUGCAGAAUCUUGUCAUGCUUCACCCGAAUGUUUUUCCUUCCAAUGGUGUGAUUAUCAAUGUAGUUAUGGUGGUGUUUAUACAGAUGCAGCCACUAAAUAUGAUGGCGAAUGCAGUGUGUUUCUUCCCAAAGUAUCUGAAAAGUACCAAAAGACUGGCAACAAAAUCGUAUCUGAUGUGCUUCACACUGAAAUGAAUUUAAAUUUUGAACAAUGUGCAUCAUUAUGUCAUGGAUGGUCCGAUGGUGGCACUGGAUGUAAAUCAUUUAAUUAUUGUCCUAAAAGCUUGAAAGAAAGUUCGUGUUCAUUGGCUCAAUUUUCAGUUAAAAGUUCAAAUACUAAGACCACUGAAGGAGGCGAUUGUUCAAAUUAUGAAUUGAAAGGGGAAUUUAAUGGAAAGAAUAGCAAAGAAUCCAGUUCGACUGAGGUGAUGAAAGGAACAAGUGGAUCAGGUGCUUUCGGAAUAAUUAUGCUGUUCUUGUUUGUCGGUGCUUUAUUGGGAUUCGCUGCACCAUUUGGUUAUACAAAAGUUAAACAAGUGCUUAAUGCUUCAGAAACCAAUGAAAAUUUCAAUUGGACAAGGCAAUUAGAUGAACAAGGUACUGAUGAGAAGUUUUAAAUCUCCGUGUCAACCUUAUCACUGAUUUUUAGAAGAACAAUGGUAAACUUUUGCUUCGUUCUUUUAUGACUAAUUUUGUGUCAAUUAUCAAAUAAUAAAUUUAUAUCUUGUUUACAAAAUGCAACAAAAGAAAGAGCAUUCGUUAAAGCCCUUUUAAAACACUUGCUAAUUGUAUUGACAAUGGGUAAACUUGAGAGGUAUAAAUUCAUAAUCUUUUAUCAGAGUUUUCGUCGUGUUUUUUUACAGUAAAUUUUUAUUAUAAUUUACAACGAAAAUUAUUUUUGUGAAAACAUGUUUCUAGCAAGAAAAUCUCUAUUUUGAUUCUCGAAUGGUUUUCCUAGAAAGAGUUUCUUUUUUAUCGAAUUCAUUUGUAAAGUUCUGGUAGUGAUACCUCCAAUAAAUUGUUGUCCCUUGAUUGCUCGAAGAUAGA